GGCACGCCGUGGGUUGCAUCAGCCCGUGCGGUCGGUCGGCGCUGGUUAAAAGACGGAGGCGGCGGAGAGGGGCGGAAAGUGGCAUGGCAGCGGCUGCUUCUGACUACAGUUACAUUCUGAGCGUUAGUGAAGAGGAAGCCAGGUGGAAGGCUCUGAAUGAGUACCUCAGCACUCGUAGUUAUAUCCAGGGGUUCACAUUUUCCCAGGCAGAUGUGGAAGUUUUCAGACAGCUUCCGAGCCCACCUGGGGACCCGCACUUCCACGUGGUUCGUUGGUACAGGCACAUAGAAGCAAUCUAUGAUGGCAGCAAUGAAAGGCAUGACUCCUGUCAACUCCAAACAAGUAAAAGCAAGCGUACUCAGCCUCCCUGGUCUCCACCACAAGGGACAAAACAACCCAAGCUCUGUCUGUACAACAGUCUCACUCGUAAUAAGGAAGUGUUUCAGCCCCAAAAUGGAAACAUGGUGACAUGGUAUUGCUGUGGUCCGACAGUGUAUGAUGCCUCCCACAUGGGACAUGCAAGGUCAUACAUCUCGUUUGACAUCCUGAGAAGAAUUCUGAGAGACUAUUUCAAAUACGAUGUCUUCUACUGUAUGAAUAUUACAGAUAUCGACGAUAAGAUCAUAAAAAGAGCGAGGCAAAACUAUCUCUUUGAACGAUACACAGAGAAGAGGCCAUCAGCAGCACAGCUCCUUGAAGAUGUUCAGAAAGCUUCUGAGGAUAUGAAUAAAUGGUGGCAGCAAGUGAUUGGAACACUGUUUGAGCCCCAGUAUUCUGUGUUUUCUUCAACUAUCAUACAUAAUUCGGGAUCAUCUGGUGGAAUAACCAAGUUGGAAUAUGAGGCCCCCUUUGUUGAUUAUUAUGGUGGGCUCCAAAGGGAGUCCAAGAAAGCAGAAGCCACCUAA